AUGGAGACCAGGUCCAUUGUCCCAGAGAGCAUAUUCUUGCGGGCAGUGUUUCAGGGCGGGCCUAAAAUGCACUUACGACGAGAAGCCUGGAAAACGUGGCCGACAUACGUUCCUGAGAGCGCUCUCCCAUACUCUGAAAACCUGCUUGAUUUGAACUCUCCAUCCUCUCAAGGGCCAGGACCGUCGCCCGCGGAAACGAGUGGAAAUCCUGCGGAGCUGGAGUUGGGCAGCCUUUCGACCCACGACAUUCUACCUAACGCAGAUUGCGAAAAAUUUGGAGUUCAUGGCCAGAGCCUUCCGUAUGGACUGCAAAUUUCUGACACUGAUACGGUUCUAGCAAACAGCGGCCAAUGCUUAUUGGCGGAUGAAAUGCUCCAAGGUGACGAACUCUCAAGGGGAGACGAAAUCUGGAAUGCGCUGGACGAGUUUUUUGACACAAUGUAUGUUGUGUUCCCUAUUCUGUCAUACGCCAGCCUCGCUUCACGUCUUAUCAUCGAACCAGCAUGGCGCGAUAUCCCUGAAUUCCGCACACUACUUCUGUCAAUUCAGACUGUGAACGCCGCAAGCCAAUUCCGCAUGGCUCCAGGCAACACGGCGCGUCUUUCAGAGCUCAUCUCCCAGGUGGAGAGGUCACGCUUGGAUUACAACUUUGCGGACCCAGCCUCGCUCGACAGCGUGAUUGUCUCUUUAUUUCUAUUCACCGCCUAUAAUGUCCUCGAAAAACACAACCGUGCCUUUCUGUAUCUCGAUGAAGCUCUCUCUCUCCUGGAGAUGGUGGAGCCUGUCGACGAAGAAGAGCAGCAGAGAAAGAUCCAGAUUGAGCAAGUUCUCUUUAACACAGAGGCAGCAACUCUGGCAAUCUAUGCGAACAAGGGCAGGCGACGACGGGCGCGGAGACCACGGGUAAUUGCGGACAUACCGCCAAUGGCGUCCGCAUUUGGUGCCAUUGAUGAACCCGGUAGAGUUGCCAUGCACUUAUUGAGGCGCCUCACUGAGAUACAUCUUGCCGACAAUGCAGAAGCAUUUGAGGAAAUCGACAUCGAGUCUGAAACUGACAUGGCAACGCUGUUUGGCGCGGUGUUCAAGCGCCAUCGGUACUCUCGCAUACAAGCAGCUGAUGUGGUCGUUACCCGACAAUGGCAGCUCUCAACAAAGCUUGUCGCCAAUCUCAGAAAAGGCCUCGGAAUGUCACCCAGACUACAGAAAUCAAUCGAACUCCUGGGUCUCGCAGCGAUGUCCUGGAUCUGCUUGUUGGGAGAGGGCGAACUACGAAUCGUGGGCCUGGGAAAGCUAUCCGGCCUUGCACAGAAUAUCUACAUGCUAGCAGGAAGAGGCCAGUAUCAGUACAUUCUAGGUGGUCUCGCGGGCGCUGUCAUCAAGGAGGAUCACGAGAAAAUCUUCGCUCCUCAACUUGCAGAGGUAGUCAUGCCUUUGAUCUCGACGGUACCUCCACCACUCAGUGCACGGCCGCACUACGAAUAUCAGAGCCUGACGCCUCAGACACGGACGGCGUUGCAAAUUGGGUCUGCGGACGGUGGCAUCUUGGAGUCUAGCAGCGAUCUCUGGACAUCCUCGACACAGGAUGGUGUGGAGGAGACAUAUGAUUGCAAUCCACCAGACCUCAUUGAUCGAUUCAUUGAUCUCUCUUGA